GUGGCGAGAGGAAGGCGUUGCCGUUGGGCCGCCCCUUCCUUUUCGCUGUCGCGCCGCCGGAGCGAACGCACCUCCCGGGCCUCUCCCGCACCGCCGCCUCUUUCCAAUUUCUUGUUUUCCAGGAUGCGUUACGUCGCAGCUUACCUUCUAGCAGUCCUCGGUGGCAACGAGUCUCCUACAUCAAAGGACUUGAAAAAGAUCCUCGACAGCGUCGGGAUUGAGACAGAUGAUGAACGAAUGAACAAGGUUAUUAGUGAACUGAAUGGAAAAAACAUCGAGGAUGUCAUUGCACAGGGUAAUGGAAAACUUGCCAGCAUGCCAGCUGGGGGAGCUGUGACAGUCUCUGCUGGAGGGGGCUCUGCUGCUCCUGCUGCAGCUGCUGCCCCUGCUGCCGCUGAGGAGAAGAAAGAAGAGAAGAAAGAGGAAUCUGAAGAAUCUGAUGAUGACAUGGGAUUUGGCCUGUUUGAUUAAUUGUUUGGUUUAGAGAAAUUAUUAAAAUUCUUUGUUUUAAA